AUGUCGAGCUCUGGCGAGACGCCAAAAGAGGCACUAAACGAGGGGGAAUAUUGGAGGCCUAUGAACGAGGGCAAAGACAGGAUAGAAAUCUCUGGUCAGAGAAACAAUGCACGGCAAGAUGCAACGGCCUUGCAAGUCUCAGACGAACUCCUACACGGUCACUCGACUGAAGAUAAUGUAACGGAGCUGGCGGCUUUGCUCCGGAGACGAGAACUCCCAGAAGAUUCAUCCUACUCCUCAGUGAUGUUUGCCAACCUCUGCGCAUGGCAGAAAGGUACCGGAAUCGGACUACAGCCAACGGUGAGAGACCUAGUCCUGGCACCUCUCAAAGUCGUACGUGACCUGUUCCUCCGACAUCAUAAGGUGGAGAGAAGUACUCUGUACGGCCUAGAAGGAGUUGUGCAGGCAGGCGAAAUGCUCCUGGUCUUGGGACGUCCCAGCAGCGCCUCUAGUACCCUCCUGAGAGCUCUCGCCGGUGUGAACGACUCAGGGCAAAGGUGGAAAGGUCAAAUCCAAUACAACGGACUGGACAUUCAUACCUUCAAAAGCCAUUUCCCUGGAGACUCAAUAUAUAUCCCAGACGUUGACGUCCACUUUCCUCAUCUCUCCGUUGGCGAUACCUUGGACUUCGCCUCCGAGACUAAAACACCGCGACCCAAAAUCGACAAUAGCGCACCAGCACAAUCUAUACGGGCACUUACAGAUCUAUACACGAAACUCUUUGGGAUGCAGCACACCCUUUUCACCAAAGUUGGCAACGAUUACGUGCGAGGUCUUAGUGGCGGUGAAAGAAAGAGGGUUUCGCUCGCCGAGGCGCUUGCUACGAGGUCCUCUGUAAUGAUCUUGGACAAUGCGACGCACGGCCUCGACUCCUCAACAGUGCACGGCUUGAUCUCUCUUAUGAGAGCCAUGGCAACUCGUUUUGGCAAGACGAUUGUUGUGUCACUCUACCAGGCUGGUGAGAACCUAAUCGACGAAUUCGACAAAGUCUGCUUGCUAUACCAAGGGAGUCAAAUAUUCUUCGGAAGAGUAGUUGAUGCUGCAGAUUACUUCGACGAGCUGGGAUUACUUCGUCACCCGCAGCAAACGACGGCCGACUUCCUUACGGCCAUGACUGACCCGACUGCUCGAACAGCGAAAAACGGCUGGGAGUCCCGGGUACCUAGGUCUGCUGAAGACUUCGUGAAGCUAUGGAAAGCCAGCCCACACUACAUUAUACAACAAAAAGAGUUGUGUGCGUAUGUGGAAGCCCAUCGUAACCAUGAGGCCGAACUGGAAAAGUAUCAAGCCUAUCGCUCCAUGACCAAAGCAAAGCGUCAGAGACAACGCAGUAUCUACAACGUCGAUCUGCGUACACAGUUCUAUGCCAACACGCGACGCGCCAUCCAAAGGCUUAUCGGCGACAAGGCGUAUCUGGGUGCUACCGGCUUCUCCUCUGUGUUCAUGGCACUCAUCAUGGGCAGUCUAUUCUUCAGUGUGCCUGAAUCCACCUCUGGAUUCUUCUCCAAAGGAGGAGCUCUCUUCUUCGCAAUUCUCUUCAACUCCCUCCAAACUAUGACGGAAAUAAACACCAUGUACGACCAGAGACCAAUUAUCCGUCGUCAACGAACCUAUGCAAUGUAUCACCCCUUUAUCGAUACCCUAGCCACCGUACUGGUGGAUGACCUUUACAGACUCUUCAACUCUAUGGUCUUCAACAUCAUAUUUUAUUUCAUGGUCGGCCUCAAAGCCAGUGCAGGCGCAUUUUUUAUCUUCUGCCUGAUCACAUACGUAUCGGCUCUCAUUAUAAGCGCCUAUUUCCGGUCCGUUGCUACCUUCACUGACACAUCAGAAGCGGCGUUUAGCGUGGCCGGCAUUUCCGUACUGGUAUUUGUGAUAUACACUGGCUACAUGGUUCCAGGACCAAGCAUGCAUCCAUGGUUCAAAUGGCUUAUCUACAUCAACCCCCUCCAAUAUGCAUUCGCGAGCCUUGUUGCGAACGAGUUCCAUAGUCUAAAGGCACCAUGCGACAUUCUGGUACCAUCUGGCCCGGGGUAUCAGAAUGUCAGUCUCGAGCACCAAGUAUGUGCCGUGACCGGGGCAGGGCCCGGCCAAAAGCUUGUGAAUGGCGACGACUACAUUCAAGUGUCGUUUGACUAUAAUUACUCCCAUGUCUGGCGAAACUUCGGUAUCCUCUGCGCAUUUCUGUUGGGCUUCCUUGUGUUGUUUGCAGUGGCAACCGAGUGGAAGAUGUCUGGGGCUGAACGCACGGAGGAAAAGUUGAUGUAUCUGAGAGGCCACGAACCCGAAAGCGUGAAGAAGGCUCUCAAGGCAGGCAGAAGUCCCGAUGAUACCGAGGCGCAGACUUACAACGCACCCCUGACGGAGAUCUCAGCCACCGUCUCGAGGUCCGGCGGCAUUGUGAAGACGAAAAAUCUCUUCACAUGGCAAGACAUAACAUACGAUAUCACACUUUCCAAUGGCUCGAACCGCAGGUUACUUGACAACAUCACCGGCUAUAUCAAGCCAGGGAGCCUAACAGCCUUAAUGGGAGCGUCGGGUGCCGGAAAGACAACUUUGCUUCGGGUGCUUGCCGCACCAGUUAACGUUGGUGUUGUCGGCGGUCGUUGCUAUGUUAAUGGCUCACCGCCUGGCCGUUCGUUCAGACGGAUGACUGGAUAUGUGCAACAACAGGACGUGCACCUCGAGUCAUCCACGGUGCGGGAGGGGAUGCAGUUCUCAACGAAACUCCGACAGGCAAAGGAGACCCCAUUGGCCGAAAAGCUCGACUAUGUAGAGACGGUCAUUGAAAUGCUGGAGAUGCAGGACUUUGCCGACGCCAUUGUCGGGACACCAGGGGAUGGCCUCAACCUUGAACAAAGAAAACGACUCACCAUCGCAGUGGAAGUGGUGGCGAAGCCUGAGAUCCUGCUCUUCCUGGACGAGCCAACCAGCGGCCUUGACUCGCUGUCAGCCUGGUCUAUUGUCCGGCUGAUCAGAAAGCUUGCCGACUCUGGGCAAGCGGUCCUCUGCACUAUUCAUCAGCCAUCCUCCAUGAUCUUUGAACAAUUCGAUCGAUUACUCUUGUUGGCCAAAGGCGGAAAGACAGUCUACUUCGGCGAUAUCGGUGAUCAAUCUCAGGAAGUCAUCCAGUACUUCGAAUCUAAUGGCGGAGAAAGCUGUCCCCGGAACGCCAACCCCGCCGAAUACAUCCUGAAUGUCAUCGGCGCUGAUUCGAAAUCCGACCUCAAAUUCAACUGGAAUGCCGUGUGGACGAAAUCACCUGAAUAUGAAAAAGUCCACCGAGAAAUCCGGUCCCUCCACAAUGAAUAUGCCAUUGUCCACCCUCCUUCUGCGAAGCAUCACGCCGACAGCUUUGGCAGCGACUACGCAGAAUGCUGGAGCACCCAGUUCCGCGCCGUGCAAUCCAGACUGUUCCUCCACUACUGGCGAACGCCGGGCUUCAUCAUGGCGAAACUCAUGCUCAACAUACUUGCUGGAUUAUUCUUGGGCUUCACAUUCUACAAAGAAGCCAACUCGCUGCAAGGAAUGCAGAACAAGCUAUUCGCCGUCUUCGCUGCAGUCAUCCUAACCAUGCCACUGAUGAACCAGUUCCAGCACCAAUUCUACACCAUGGCCCAACUAUACACGGCUCGGGAGAAGCCGUCCUACAUGUACCGCUGGACGACGUUCGUCAUCCCGCUCAUGGUCACCGAAAUUUGUUUCAACCUUGUGUGUACCACGCUAUUCUUUCUGCCAUGGUACUUCGCCAUCGGCUUCCACGAGGACGGGACACAAGCCCAGAACGGCGAACGCGGCGUCUACAUGUGGCUCAUGCUGAUGCUGUUCACCAUGUGGUUCUCGACCUUCGCCGUCAGCAUGGGCGCCCUGGCCCCGAAUGCCGAAACGGCCGCCACGCUGAUCACCCUGUUCUCCUCGUUCGUGCUCGCCUUCAACGGGGUGCUGCAGCCCUUCAGCCAGCUCCCGCAGUUCUGGCACUUCAUGUACCGCGCGUCGCCAUUCACUUAUCUGAUGGCAGGGCUGGUGGCCAACGGCGUGCACGGCACCGCGAUCGUGUGCGCUCCGCACGAAAUCAAUGUCUUUCAACCGCCCUGGGCCAGACAUGUCUUGAAUAUGCUGGCCUUUUCGUCCGCGGCGCCGGAGGAAGUCUGCUCAACCCCCUCGCAGCUGUGGAUUUAUCUCGCUUCCCGGAAUAUGUUCUACUCGGAGCGCUGGAGAAAUUUGGCAAUUCUGGCGGGAUUCGUCCUUUUCAACGUGUUCAUGGCUUCGGCGUUUUUCUAUUUGGUCAAGGUUGCUUUAUUCAAUGUCGGAAGCGUGAAGGUUUGGGUCCGGAAGGAUCCUAAGGAAGAAAGAGAAAAGGGAGGUAAUGUGGACGAGAAGACAGAUGCCUGGGCAGAGGCAUAG